AUGGGCUCCCGUCAUGAGAUCAACUCUAGUGCAAUGCGCAAACGCAUUGAAAAUCAUGACUUCAACGAUGAAGGAGGAGAGGAGUAUGAGGCCUCCAGCUUCGGCGGGUUUGGGGACUACAUGCGCCGGAAAAAAAUGAAGUUGCAGAAUCUUGACGCGGAAAUUCGAGCAUCAGCUGGCGAUUGCCCGCCAAUAUUCCGUGGUGUAGUUGCCCAUGUCAAUGGGUACACUCAACCCUCCCUGCAAGACCUGCACCACCUGAUUGUCAGCCAUGGGGGUGGCUUCCUUCAAUAUCUAGAUGGCAAGACUGCGGCUACUCAUAUCAUUGCCAGUGCCCUGACACCCAAGAAGCGUGAGGAGUUCCGCCGCUACCGCAUAGUGAAACCUACGUGGGUGACAGACAGUAUCAAAGCAGGACGUCUGCUGCCAUGGGAUGAAUUUAGAAUAGUAGACGAAGGUCAGGCACAAAGGGUGCUCAAGUUUGAUGAUGGCCGGUUUAUCAGUCAGACGAAUAGCCCUCGCACAGGUUACAAAGAGCAAUCAAGGGCCAGCUGGUAUAGCUCUCAGCUCCGAGAUAUGAGCACAACCGAAGAGGGUCCCGGCUCUUCAUCAAAACUUGUGACCCCGUAUGUGCGGUCAAAUGCCUCCCAGAUGGUCAUACCAACCAUGCGGAGCCAGUCAUCUCAGUCAGACUAUGGUGACUUCCCUAGCUUCACUAUGGAGAAAGAGGAGGAAGCUCAUGACCCUCAGCAUCAACAAGAGACACCAGCCAAUGUCGUAACACAACCUACAAUGCCACAUCAAGCUCCGGAUUCUGAUCAAGUGCCCACUUCACCAGAUCCACUGGUUGAUCUCGAAACAACAACGCUUCUCGACCAAACAAGUUCAACACAACCCGCUUUAACUUCUGAAGAAUACAACGCACAGCUCCUUUCUGACUCAAGGAUGCAGAAGUCCUCUGUUGCGAAUCCGGAAUUCCUGCAGCAGUAUUAUAGGGAGUCUCGCCUCCAUCAUUUGUCAACCUGGAAGGCGGAGCUGAAAGCCCAACUGCUGACCGCAACGAAGGAAAAUGCACAAUCUCAGAGAUCGAAAAAGAAACCUGUGCCUGGAUCAAGACGGUACAUUCUACAUGUGGACUUCGACUCAUUCUUUGCAGCUGUCUCAAUUCUAAACCACCCCGAGCUCCAAGACAAGCCGGUUGCUAUCGCCCAUGGUUCUGGACCAGGCUCCGAGAUUGCUAGUUGUAAUUAUCCUGCACGUGCUCGAGGCGUUAAGAAUGGGAUGUGGAUGAAAGCUGCUUUGCAAUUAUGCCCCGAUCUCAAAGUCCUGCCUUAUGAUUUCCCUGCCUAUGAAGAUGCGAGUCGCAAGUUUUACACCUCGAUACUUGCCAUUGAUGGCACCGUGCAGAGUGUCAGUAUCGACGAGGCUUUGAUUGAUGUCACAAAUCUAUGUGUGGAAGCUGGCGGCUCAGAUGGAAAGGCUAUAUCAGAAGGAUCAAUUUAUCGCGAGCAAGCCAAAGCGGACGAAAUUGCCCAAAAUUUACGAGAUUCAAUCAAAGAGAAAACCGGAUGCGCAGUCUCUGUCGGAAUUGGCAACAACAUUCUGCUCGCAAAAGUGUCUCUCAGAAAAGCCAAGCCUGCUGGGCAGUUUCAAUUAAAACCAGAUGCUGUUCUGGAUUUUAUUGGAGAUCUUACUGUUCGUGAUCUUCCUGGAGUGGGCAAUAGCAUGGCAAUUAAACUCGAAGAGCUGAAUGUGAAAUUUGUCAAAGACAUCAGAGAUCUCCCGAAAGAGAGACUUAUAUCUGGCCUGGGACCCAAAACUGGAAUCAAAUUGUGGGAAUACGCUCGCGGAAUCGACCGAACAGAAGUCGGCGAUCAAACCAUCAGGAAAUCUGUUUCGGCCGAGGUCAACUGGGGGAUCCGGUUUGUCAAUCAGGGUCAAGCAGAUGACUUUGUGCGUUCUCUGUGCGAGGAGCUGAAUCGAAGAUUGAUGGAAAAUCUGGUGAAGGGGAAGCAGCUCACCCUAAAGGUUAUGCGUCGAUCGAUAGACGCUCCACUGGAACCGGUCAAGCAUCUCGGCCAUGGAAAAUGUGAUACAUUCAACAAGAGCGUCGCUCUUGGUGUUGCGACCAAUGUACCAGAAGUCAUUGGGAAAGAAGCAAUCUCGAUGUUGAGAAGUUUCAACUUUUCACAUGGAGACUUGAGAGGUCUGGGUGUGCAAAUGACCAAACUUGAACCAAUCAAGUCUGGCCCUUCAGGCCCCGAGAGCAGUCAGCGACAACUCAACUUCCAGACGUCUCCACCUCGCAAGAAAGCCAUCCCAGAUGCAGACCCCGACGAGCUGGAGAGUCCGCAGAAAGAUGACUCUGUUCGGAUUCAAGCGGAUCCAGUACUCAGCGAUAGUGCGCACAAGCCACUCAACAUCUCGGGGUCCCAGUUUAUUAUGCCCACUCAACCAGAUCCCAAAGUCCUUGCCGAGUUGCCCACGGAUAUCAGAUCCAGGCUUGUUGCACAAGCAAAGCCGCGCCAGGAUUCUCGCUCUGGGUCUCCUUGUCCUCUCCCGCGUGAAGCACGACAGCCUGCCCAAGCCGACCUUCCCCCGCAGUCCCAGCUGGACCCAGAUGCAUUGGCGGCAUUGCCUGAAGAUGUCCGCAAAGAGGUAUUGGGAUAUUAUAACAACCCAGCCACCAACGCUGCGCCGCCGCCCGCGCCGGCAGUACCAGAGUCGCGCCCAUCAACAUCUAGCUCUCUCAAGCCGAGAAGGCCAGUCUCACCACCUAAAAAGAGGCGUGGCCGCCCACCCCAGUCGGCAACGAUUGCGAACAAGCCUAAGCCCAAGCCUUUGAAUCAAUCAAGCUUUGGGUUCGUUCUUCCACGCCCAGCGGCCGUAUCUGCUGGUUUUGAUGAAGAGGGCUUGUCUAGACAGGCGUCACCAAACAUCGAAGACCCAACCGAAGCUUCAGCCGAAUUUCUUGCUGCUCUACCUGAAGAUAUCAGACAAGAACUCCUUGAAGAACAAAAGCGCACCCGGAUGCAACAGCUCUCGCGAGCUACUGAACCUGCACAAAGACCUCCAUCUUGGGUACAGGAAGCUUCCCCUUCUGCACCAAUUGCCACAGAGAAACUUCUACCUCUACCCCCUCUCCCCAAGCGUCCCGUCUUUACAUCACAGCGCCUGUCCCGAUUACCAGAUCUGCGAGAUGCUGUUGGCUCAUGGCAUGAUGUCUUUGCGGCUGGCGGCCCAUACCGCGAAGACGUUGCUUCGUUGUGUAAAUAUUUGUCCAGUGUGACACUGCAAGAGAAGGAUGUGGACAAAGCUGUUUCGGUGGUGCGCUGGUUGAUGUGGUUGGUCGGUGAUCAUUCGCAGCAGCAGCAGGGGUCUAAAGAGCCACAAGGGUCCCGGCCUGAGGGGACUAUAAGUUGGGAAGAGGCUAUAGAGACCAUGCAGUACAGUGUCCAGGCGGCUCUGGAACAGAGAGAGCUCCCCCCAGUGGACUUUUCGUAA